GUCGCCGCCACUAGGACCGCCGCCGCCGCCGAGCCCAGUCAGUCCCCCCGCGCACCGCGUACGGCCGAGCAGCCCGAGCAGCUCACUGACGUCGCUGACCCGCGCACGCUGCGCACGCCGAGCCGGUGCGCGGCAUGAGACCCCAACGACGCCGAUCAGCGGCGGGCCGUCAGUGCAGUGCGUGUCGCGUAUAAGGGUUUAGCCACCGCCGCCACCCGCGACCGGAUAGGCGACCGCGCCCGAAGUCUGUGUCCGGCGGAACGAGACCGCAGGCAACAUGGCCCCAGCUCCCUUUUACCCGGAGGGCAUGGUCCCUCCAGACGGAGGGUACGGCUGGGUAGUAGCGGCAGCUUAUGCUCUUAAUAAUAUUAUUAUCAUACCAAUUAUGCAAAACUUUGGCCUCGUAUUCCGAGACAUAUUUAUUGAUUUAGGUAUUAGCACCACUAGAAUCGCUGUGAUAAUGAAUCUUAACAAUGCCUUCGGUUUAGCUUUAGGCUUAUUUAAUGGACCAAUUUUACGAAGGUUCAGCUACCGCAAGGUGGCGCUCUUUGGGUCGUUCCUCGUGUUCGUCGGCGUGGUGCUCACGUCGUUCUCCCGUUCCUUCGUCGAGUUCCUCAUCUUUUACGGCAUCAUCAUGUCUGCCGGGUACAACCUGACGAUGGCCUCGUUCGCCUUCGCCAUCAACACGUACUUCCGCAAGCGGCGCGGCGUGGCGAUGGGCUUCGCCAUGACGGUGACGGGGCUGGGCCCCGUGUUCAUGCCGCUGCUCAUCAGCCUGGCCAUGCGCGAGUACGGCGCCCGCUCCACGGCGCUGCUGCUGGGCGCGCUGUCGCUGCACUCGGUGGUGGGCGCCUUCCUGCUGCAGCCCGUGCGCUGGCACCUCGUCAGGGAAGCCCCGGACGAGAAGGACAACGACGACGAGGAGAUGGUCGACAUGGCGCCCAAGUCCGAGGGCCUCCUGGAGGCGGUGGUCGAGGCGCCCGAGGACGAGGAGGAAGGCCAGGGGGGUGCGAACGGGAAGGGCAAAAGGAAGGCGGAGAAAGAGGACGAGGAGGGCGACGCGGAGGACGACGGUAAGGCGCCCAUGCUGUUGCGGCGCCGCUACUCCACGGCGAGCCACAAGUCAGGCGUGGCCGUGCUGUCCAGGGCCACGAGCCACGAGCACGGGUCGCUGGGCGCGUCCGUGUGGGCUUCGAUGGCCUCCAUCAACGCGGACCACGCAGACCUGGGCGGCAGCGUCCUGGCGCUCAACGUGGACGAGAAGGCUGCCAACAACGGCAAGAGCAACGGCCACCACAAGGCCGAGAUGAACGGGAAUGCGAAGCUCAAGGACGCUGACAAGAAGGACGACCUGCCGACGUGGCGGCGCUGGAUGCGCGCCGUGGUGCUCUUCUUCGACCUGGACCUGCUCCGCGACCCCGUGUACGUGAACCUCAUGCUGGGGCUGUCGUUCGCCGUGUUCGCCGAGAUCAACUUCUCGCUGCUGACGCCCUUCAUCCUGGGCGAGCGCAACUUCGACACGGACCAGAUCGCGCAGCUCGUCUCCAUCAUCGCCGUGGCCGACAUCAUCUUCCGCUUCCUCGCGCCCUUCGUCAAGAAGGUCUGCAAGCAGCCGGUGCGCGUCAUGUACAUGAUCGGCCUGGCGCUGCUCAUCGCCACCAGGACGGUGCUCAUCUUCUGCUACUCGUACGAGUCGCUGAUCGGCGUCAUGCUGGCGCUGGGCGUGGCCAAGGGGCUCCGCACCGUCUACUGGGUGCUCGUCAUCCCCGACUACGUGCCCAUCGAGCGGCUGCCCUCCGCCAGCGGGCUGCAGUCCGUGACCAACGGCCUCAUCUUCAUGGCUCUUGGCCCGCUAGUUGGCCUCAUCCGCGACCGUUUUGGCAGCUACAACUACGUCAUCAUCACCGUCAACUGCAUGACGGCCCUCACCAUCACCAUGUGGUCGACCGAGUUCGCCAUCCUGGCUGUGCUGCGGCGGCGGAAGGGUCGCACCGCCAAAGAGGGCCAGGUCGCCGACGAAGAGAAGAUGCUGGGCGCCAAGACCGUCAAGACGUAACGCUAACAGCCUCGUCGAGAUCUGGCGCUGCGGGGAGUAUUCUCGUCCUAUGAAGGGGCAGCUUGCUUUCCGUGAUGUGAAUGGAAUAUUAAAACGUCGCACUCAGCGUUCGAAAGAAGGGUCGGGCUAAGCAGCCCUGUGCAUGUGCAUCGCAGUAUGGAAUGAUUCCGUGACAGUAAGAGGAGCGAAAUCGCGUCGACCCUUUUAAUCUGUACUUGCUAAAGUAUGCUGGGUAUGCAAUCUAGGCUGCAAAGCCUGCAAAGCUGGCACGUGCGGUGAAAACUGUAUUGAGACUUUAAUUCCCUCUUUUCCACAGAGAUAUCAGUAUGGAUCUCUUUUUGAGUGGGCAUUGAAGUUCUAAUGGUUAA